AUGUACAGUUUAAAGCCUGAUACUAUAAACUUUAAUAAAAAUUGUGAACAAAGAAAAACUUUAUUAAAUCCUAUAGAUAAUUCAUUUGAACAAUUAAAUAAUUGCCUAUUUGAAUAUCAACAAUAUAAUUGUUUUACUAAACAGGAACAUAAUAAUACCAAUAAUACUAAUACUACUACUGCCAAUAAUAAUAAUAAUAGUGAUAAUAAUAAUGAUAAUAAUAAUACAUAUCAUCACCAGUCAUCAUCGUCGUCAUCCUCCUCAUCGUCAUCUUCUUCAUCAUUAUGUUCUGAAUUAUUAAAAUCUCCUUUAACUAAUUCAAUAAUUACAUAUUCAUUCCCUAUUAAAUGUUCAUCUUCAAAUGAAUUAAAUGAACAACAAAAUUCUAUUUAUUGUUUGAAUAAUACACAAGAAAUAACAGAUUCAUCUAUUAAAAAACGGAAUCCAUUCGAUAUUAUAAAUAAAAAGUAUCAUUUAUCCUCCACAAUGGAAUUAACUAAUCACACUAAUCACUAUGAUAAUAAUAAUAAUAGAUUAAUACAAGAUAAUGAUUAUGUAAUCAAUAAAAAUCAUCACAAUAAUCAAUCGAUAGAUUAUCAUUUUAAUGAAAUGAAUAUUGUAAAAAAGGAACAAUCUUAUUAUUAUAAAACAUAUUCACCUUCAUUGAUAACAUCAACAAAUGAUUUAAAUUCAAAAACAAUAUUUCCAUCAGAAAUAAAUACAUUAUCAUCAAAGUCAUUUGGAAAAAGUAUGAUAGAUAUAUCAAAAAUAGAUGAUAAAAUAAAAAUGGAGAAAUUAUGUUUUGAUUAUACUAAAGAUGGUCCAUUUUGGACAGAUAUUCAUGAAGAACUAGAACAACAACAACAAAAUAAUCAUCAGUUAUCGUCAGCUUCAUCAUCUUGUACUUUAACAUCAAGAGAAACGAUAGGUAACUUAAAUUAUUACAAUUCUCAUAAUCAAAAUUGUGAUACAUAUAUUGAGAAAGAAAUCAAUAGUCAUUUAUUACUUAAUACACAAGAUAUUUGCAAUAGUAAAAAGAUGAAUAAAUUAGAUAAUAACAUAUCAUCAAUGUCUGGAGUUACACUUUCAAAAACAACAACUAUGUCAACAACAAUGACAACAGUAAUAGCGACGACGACGACAAUAACAACUACAGGUAUGAAGUCUAUACAACCGUAUAAAUGGUUACAGAUAAAACGACAACAGCCACGUCAAAAUGUAACAAAUAACAACACAUUUACAACCAAAUCAAAUACAUUUAAAAAAUCUAAUUCAUCAAAAUCCACUGUUUCAUCGAAUCCAAAUAAUUUCUUACUCGUUAAUAAUCCAAAAUUUCAAGAUAAUCCUGAAAUCAAUAAAAUCAGUGCUAUACCAUCUCAUGAGACACAUUCAUCUGUAUGGAUGUCUGAAUUACCAGAUCAUAUGGAAUCUAAUCAAAGAACAUUUAACGCUAAUAUGAAUUAUGAUUCACUGUCGUGUACAACUAUGAAUAAUUCUAUUAAUAAUUCACAUCGAAAUGAAACUACACUAAAUUAUAACAAUGAAUGUUCUAUUGAUUGUACAGAGUUCAAUAAUCAAUCAAAAUACGACAUAAUUAACAAUAAUAAUUCACUAAGUGGACGUACAAAUUUUACAACUAGACAAUUAACUGAAUUAGAAAAAGAAUUUCAUUUUAAUCGUUAUCUAUCACGUGCAAGACGUAUUGAAAUUGCAGCUGAUUUAAGUUUAACAGAAACUCAAGUGAAAAUUUGGUUUCAAAAUCGUCGAAUGAAACAAAAGAAACGUAUAAGAGAUAAAAUUUUAGGUAGUACUUAUCAUGAAAUAGAUGAGAUUACAACAUCAAUAACAACUAGUCCCCCGUUAUGUAUCUCUAAUAAUUUAAAUAAUAAAAUUAACCAAUCUUGGAAUUUAAUCAGUUCACAAACAUUUAAUAAUCAAUUAUCUAUGGAAGAAAACAAACAAUUAAGCCAUAUCAAUGAUAAUAUCAUUACUCCUGUUAAUAAUGAUAAUAAUAACCAUAAUAUUUAUUACCAUAACAAACAUUUUAUGGAUUAUAACAUUCAAGAUUUACGUAAUCAUUUAAUAUUUCAUCCCUCUACAGCUUAUACUACUACUACUACUGUUGCUUCCAAUAGGAUCACUACUACUAUUACUACCAAUACUAAUACUACUAACAAUAGAAGUAAUUCCAUGAAUAUCUAAUUCAAAUUAUAUACUCAUACACUGCAUUUUUAUUUCUGCCUUUAUUGAAUUUCAAACAACAAUAGUGUUGUAUAUCUUCUAUUGACAUAUAUUUUCCAGAAAGAAAGAAAAUAAAGAAAAUUUACUCCUUUAUUUCUAAUUGAAGAGAAAUUGGAAAGUAAACUGAAAUAAAAUUGAAGAAAAUUUUUUAUCGAUUAUAAUUAAAAUAAUUCAUUCCAAAUUACAUUUUAAUAUCAAUCAAUAUAUUGAUAAUCUGAGCGCGCACAAUUCAAAU